AUGACUAAAUCAUCAUCAUUCUCAAACAAACAAAAGAAGAUACCAACUAAUAAACAUAAGGAGAGGACAUUUGAACAAGAUGGUAAGGCUACAACAGCAGUGGCAUCAUCAGGUGAGAUAGCAGGUUCAAAGGGUGAGGAGAGACAUCGUAUACUCGCCAAGAGCUACCCUAUCAAGUUGGCCAUGUGGGACUUUGGUCAAUGUGACAGCAAGAAGUGUACAGGUCGCAAGCUCGAACGUCUCGGCUACGUCAAGUCACUCACACUCGGUAACAAGUUCAGAGGUAUCGUCUUAACACCUGAUGGAAAGCAGUCUAUAGCACCUUGCGAUCGUGACAUUGUACAACAGAUUGGUAUAUCAGUAGUCGAUUGUUCAUGGGCCAAGCUUGAGUCUAUACCAUUCGCCAAGAUGAGAGGUGGUUGUGAUCGACUAUUACCAUUCCUCAUCGCAGCCAAUCCAGUGAACUAUGGCAAACCUUUCAAGUUGUCUUGUGUGGAGGCAGUGGCAGCAUGCCUGUUUAUAACUGGCUUUGACAAGGAGGCACAUCAGAUAUUGGGUGGAUUCAAAUGGGGACCUUCGUUCUACACGGUCAACAAGGAUCUGUUUGAGAGAUACUCAAAGUGCAAGGAUAGCGCAGAGGUCGUACAGGUUCAGAAUGACUUUAUCAAGAAGUGUGAGGAUGAGUCACUUCAACGACUGACCAAACUGGACAUCAACGAAGAUGGUCUAGUUGCCAAUCCAAACAGAGUCACACUACCAAGUCAGUUCGACUACAGUGAUGAUGAUGAUGAUGAUGGAAAUGAUGAUGACGAUAAUGAGGAUGAGGAUGAAGAUGAAGAAGACGAGGAUGAAGACGAAGAGGACGAGGAUGAGGAUGAAGAAGAUGAAGACGAGGAGACCAACAAAGCAGAUAACAAGGAGGAGGACGACAUAGACAAUGAAGACGAAGAAGGCGAGGAUGAGGAUGAAGAUGAAGAUGAAGAUGAGGAUGAGGAUGAGGAUGAGGAUGAUGAAGAGGAAGCAAAGUUACAGUACAAGUUGAAGAAAGAGAAACAAUUACUGAAAAGAGAAGAGAGAUCACAGAAGAAGGAGGAGAAGGUAAAGGCAAAGGGUACAAAGGACAAGAAGGUCAGGCCACACAGGCAUUGA